AUGAUUAUUAAAGAGAAAAUAAUCAUGAAGUUAAUUUUAAACCAAAUAUAUUUUUGUAUUGAGCUUUUUGAAAAAAAAUGUAUCAAAAUAUUAUCAGAGUGGUGUAUGAUUUUUAAAUAUUUAACAGUGGUUAUGAAUUAUAAAUAUAUUUUGUUUUGGAGUGACAUAUGUGCUUUAAGUGAGAAAGCUUGCUGUAAAAUGAGAUUUUGA